GAGAGUGGAACAGUCGUUGCGGAUCCUGCCGGUGCGCCGCCGCCUACCUGGCAUCUGGGAGCGCCGCCGAGCCUACAGCUCCGCCGCCAUGGAGCCCGAGCCGGAGCCCGAGCCCGUCACGCUGCUGGUGAAGAGCCCCAACCAGCGCCACCGCGACUUGGAGCUGAGCGGAGACCGCAGCUGGAGCGUCGGCCACCUCAAGGCCCACCUGAGCCGCGUCUACCCCGAGCGCCCGCGUCCAGAGGACCAGAGGUUGAUUUAUUCUGGGAAGCUGUUGCUGGAUCACCAGUGUCUCAGGGACUUGCUUCCAAAGCAGGAGAAACGGCAUGUUUUGCACCUGGUGUGCAAUGUGAAGAGUCCUUCAAAAAUGCCUGAAGCCAGCACAAAGGUUGCUGAAUCCACAGAGCAGCCUCCUGGUCCUAAUCAGGGCCAGCAUCCUGGGGAUUCCUCAAGUGAUGGCCUAAGGCAAAGGGAAGUUCUUCGGAACCUUUCCCCCUCCAGCUGGGAGAACAUCUCCAGGCCUGACGCUGUCCAGCAGGCGUUCCAAGGCCUGGGGCCUGGUUUCUCUGGCUACACGACGUAUGGGUGGUUGCAGCUGUCCUGGUUCCAGCAGAUCUACGCCCGGCAGUACUACAUGCAAUAUUUGGCUGCCAGUGCUGCGUCAGGCGCCUUUGUCCCCCCACCAAGUGCACAAGAGAUACCUGUGGUUUCUGCACCUGCUCCAGCUCCUAUUCACAACCAGUUUCCAGCUGAAAACCAGCCAGCCAAUCAGAAUGCAGCUCCUCAAGUGGUGGUUAAUCCUGGAGCCAAUCAAAAUUUGCGAAUGAAUGCACAAGGUGGCCCUAUUGUGGAAGAGGAUGAUGAGAUAAACCGAGACUGGUUGGAUUGGACCUAUUCUGCAGCUACAUUUUCCGUUUUCCUCAGUAUCCUCUACUUCUACUCCUCCCUGAGCAGAUUCCUCAUGGUCAUGGGGGCCACCGUCGUCAUGUACCUGCAUCAUGUUGGGUGGUUUCCAUUUAGACAAAGGCCGGUUCAGAACUUCCCCAAUGAUCUUCCUCAGGAAGCCGUGAACCAGGACCCCAACAACAACUUACAGGAAGGCGCCGAUGCUGAAAGUGAAGACCCCAACCACGCCCCUCCAGGCAGGGGCGUGCUCGGCGACGAGCAGACCAGCCCUUCCUUUGUGAGCACAGCCUGGCUCGUCUUCAAGACUUUCUUUGCCUCUCUUCUUCCGGAGGGCCCCCCAGCCAUAGCAAACUGAUGCUGUUUGCACCCUCCCUGCUGGAGGCUUUGACAGGCAUGGACUGGAUCAUCCGACUCCAGCUGGGUCUCCUCACCCGGACAGGACAGUGGCACAGAGCUCCCCAGCCCCACAGGCUGAUGAUACGCUUUUGUGAUCAAGCAAAAGCAGAGAGUAAGGCGUGAAGCCCUGGUGGAAAUGGAUGAACAAAGAAUGCCCAGGGUUUUCCGUGUCUGUGUUCUGAAGAGCUUUAAUAUAUACUGUAUGUAGUUUGAUAGGCGUUGUAAGUAGAAGGCAUUAGGUGUUGCAUGUUUGUGCCUGAGGAACUUUCCAGAUGUGUGUGUCUGCAUGUGUGUUUGUACAUAGACGUCAUAGAUGCAGAAACGGUUCUGCUGGUACGAUUUGAUUCCUGUUGGAAUGUUUCAAUUACACUAAGUGUACUACUUUAUCUAAUCAGUGAAAUUGCUAGACAUGUUUUAGCAGGACUUUUCUAGGAAAGACUUAUGUAUAAUUGCUUUUUAAAAUGCAGUGCUUUACUUUAAACCAGGGGGAACUUUGCAAAGGUGGAAACCUUUGCUGGGUUUUCUGUUCAAUAAAGUUUUACUAUGAAUGAUCCUGGCAGAGA